GGCAGAUUUCCUAGCGGAUUUGUGCGCUACUCUGCCAUACCUGUAGGUAAGUUUAAUACAAUAUUAUCCCCGUCCUGCCGAGGAUGCAACUCAAAAUAUUUACUACAUUUCAAGAAGAUAUCCCGUGUGUGAAGUUAAAGGAAUUUUGGAGAUUCCUCCCUGACGUUUUGUUCUGGGGGGGAGACGGCGCGGCGCAUGCGCAGGACUGCAGCUCCCCAGCCAAAGCAGAGCUUCUGUGGAGGUUUGGAUCGGUAGAUGAAUGGAAAGCGCUGAGAUGUCGUUAGACCCAGAUUAAAAUGAGACAGCUACGCCAGAGGCGGUGGAGGGACUGGCCAUCCGCGUGUGCCACACGCUCCGGCGAAGGGAACCACAGCGGCAAUGCUAAAUAAAAAUAACUGCAAUUAAAAUAAUAUAAGAUCGGUGUCCGUCUACUAUUCAUAUACAAAGAAAUAAACAUGUCUACUGGGCUGAACCAGCAGGACAAUGGGAUAAGCCUUUCCGAUGCCGUAGGGUCCUUCAAGAGCAGGAAGAGGAAGUCCAUCGUGGUGACGGUGUCUCUGCUCAUAGUGUCGCUGCUCGUCCUCACCAUUGGUGUGGCCGCCACGACUCGGACGCACAACGUGACCGUCGGGGGCUACUACCCUGGCGCCAUCCUGGGCUUUGGCUCCUUCCUUGGGAUCAUAGGAGCUCACCUGAUUGAAAAUAAGAGGCAGAUGUUAGUGGCCUCCAUCGUAUUUAUCAGCUUUGGUGUGGUGGCAGCACUGUGCUGCGCUGUGGUGGAUGGCGUGUUUGCAGCCAGACACAUCGACCUGAGACCUCUGUAUGCAGGAAGAUGCAAGUACCACUCCAGCGUGAUGUCAAACGACCUGGAAGUGCACUGUCACGCAUCCUCUCAACACUCCUGCAACCUGCGUGUGAAGAGCAAUACCUGCUACUGCUGUGAACUAUACACGUGUGGCAGCCGUGUGGAGCUGACAGGCGGCUAUCAUGAAUACACAGAGGUGCGUAGCUGCCAGGACGUGGUGCAGCUGUACCACCUGCUCUGGUUCGCCACCAUCCUCAACGUGGUGGCCCUCCUUCUGGGCAUCGUGACGGCCGCGGUGCUCGGAGGCUUCAAGGACAUGACACCCACUGGCACCACUGACAUCUGUGAGCGAGGCCCACCCCCUGCCCUGGCACCAGCCCCCCCCCUGCCUGAGGUGCCGGGCCCGUCUCACACCCCUGGCUCUUGCUACAACAGCGCCCCCUGUCUGCCACCCUACACCGCAUAUGACCUACAGGGCUCCUCCAUGUUCCCCGACUCCUCUGGUCUGUCCGACGACUCCCAGUCUGGCGCCAGCUACCUGUGGCCCAGCCAGAUCCCUCCACGCUAUUCGCCACCAUACUACCCCCCCGAUGAGAAACCUCCACCCUACAGUCCCUGAAAAGAAGUGGGACUUUGCACUACCACCCUCCCCUGUCGCUGGAGAGCCACUUACAUUUGUCGACAUAUUAAAAGAGAAACCUUGUGGGCAACGCUUCCUCGUAUCCGGGCAACAGCCCGCAGCCAAUAGGAACUGCACUGGGAGCCAUGUGAUCAGAGUGGGCCUCCCACGGAGGAAGCUGGGACACUGUCUGGGUGAUGUUUUCACAGCAAAGGCAAAAUGUUUUAAAGCUGCAUUCAGGCCAUACAAAACACAAACAGCAACCUCUGGCUGGUGACCGACCGAAUUGCGUGGCUGAAUUUGACAUCUUCCAGCCUCUUGAAAUCUUAUUUCCACACAAUCCAUGGACCAACAGAGGGGAUCCUUUAAGGUCAUUCUACCCCUUCCUUUUUACCUUCCUUUGCAUACAAGCGAUUCUUGACCUGAAGGGCAUCCUUGGUGCCACAUCGUAUCGCCUCCAAAAAGACCGAUGUCACAAGCCAUCGACAUUAUCUCAUCAUUACUCACCUAAUCCACCACUGUAGCUUCCUAGAUGUUAGGACAUUUAUUUGAUGAACUGCACUGCUGAGUUUCAGUGGCAAAUCGAAAUAAGAAUGCAUUUGCAAAGAUUUAAAAAAGGCAACACUUUUUAGGAAAAAAAAAAUACAUUUUAGGUAAGAGAUCACCUGGCAUGUAUAAUUCUUGAUUAAUAAACUGUGAUAUGUUAAUGA